ACAAACUUCAGAGUGAUCCUUAUGACAAGUUGAGUCGCGAGCGUAUCAUAUAUAUCAAAGAGGAGCACCGUUCUUCCGUGAGCUACUGCAGGAUGUCACGUUUAACUAAAAACCGUUUGACAAGUUUAGUAAAUCCGCUCUUGUGCGGUUUCAGCGUGUGACGAGCUGAAUUUCGAUAAGAACAUCUCGUGAGUGCUUGAGUGUGAGUGCGUAUGUCAGUCACUUUCGCUUGUGAAGUGCGUUUAGAUAACUCCUGGAUGCCAUUGAGGUGCUGGAGUCACACCGUCUAAAAUGGAGUAAAUUAUGCUGAUGGAGGAACAGAGCAGCUCUGGAGAGAAAGGUGUGCUCUACAGAUGGCAGGGCUAUUCCUGCAGGGUGACCCCGGAGAGACUGCUGCUGUCCAGGCCAGUGCUUCAUGCUGCACUGGGGACUUCACAUGGACUUCUGCUGACAGAUGGGCAUGUGUAUAGUUUUGGCGAGCAGCCGUGGAAACGAGUCGAAUCUCAGCCUGCUGGCCCUGUUAUAGAAAGUGUCCUGAACGGUCAGCGUGUGAUCUCUGUGUCAGCGGGCAGCUAUCACUGUUCUGCUGUAACAGAGGAUGGCCUCAUCCACAUGUGGGGGGAGAACUCUCAUGGCCAGUGUGGCAUCUCUGGAAUGGACCAGGUACCCAGUCCCACUCCCGUUAGUGUGGUGGAUGGCGAGACCCAUCCUCCGCAACUGGUCCGAGUCCUGAAUGUGGCCUGUGGAGCACAGCACACUCUGGCCCUGUCAAGGAAGCAUGAGGUGUGGGCCUGGGGUAGCGGCUGCCAGCUGGGACUAGUCACCAGUGUAUUCCCGGUAUGGAAACCCCAGAAGGUGGAGCAUCUUGUGGGAAGAUAUGUGGUUCAGAUCGCUUGUGGUGGGUUCCACAGCCUGGCUCUGGUUCAGAUUCUUUCUCCCCCAGAGGACAGUCAGCAAGCUCAGGAUAGAUGUGGGCAGUGUAAGCAGAGCCUUUACACCAUGAUUGACAAGGAUGACCAUGUUAUUAUCUCUGAUGAGCAUUACUGCCCACUUGGAGUGGAACUGAAUGAUUAUAAAGAAGGUCGUCGGUCAGGACCGAGUUCUCCAGCUCAGACACCACAAAGCAAAAGCUCCUCGCCCCACUUCGAAGUAGCCCCUUUGUCCUCGAAGAACAUCUGCGAAGACCCAUGUUCUUCAGUCGGAUCUCAGAAAAAUGCAACAAGUCAGGAGGCUCAGCCAGAUCCUGCUUUAACUGAGACUGGACAUCCACGUCUACGACGAACCAAAAACACUCCCUACCCUGAUGAGCAAGCUCUUACAGACUACCUCAAAAGAAUUUCAGACCAGACCCUCGCUGAGCAACCCGAGGCCACCACUUCGGCAGGUUCCCAUCCUCUGAGCCGUCAGACAUCACUUACAUGUCCUUUCCAAUCAGAGCAAAGAGAUGAGCUUACACUACGUCCCUCUUCACCAGCACUGAGUAGAACUGAUAGUAUCACAGCUUCUGGCAGACAACGCUGUGCAUCAGAUACUAUCAUAGACCGGAAACACUCGCUCCAUUUGAAAUCAACACUGGAGUCCACCUCUGACGAUUCUUCACAGCACUCAAGUGUGGAUGGAGGCAUUUGCAUCAGUGACCUUGUGAUUAGCAAUGGAUGUUUAUUUGAGGCCUGUGAGGAAGGAGGGGAGCCCACUGGAAUGGACCUCUGUCCAGCAGAUCCUCUUCAAGGCAAGAAGAGCACCAGUCUGACAGACAUCAUUUUAGAGGACACUGAAGCACAUAAUCACAGAGGGUCUUCACAUGGCUUCUCUCCAGUGUCACCUUCUGGCUGUCAUCGAAUCAACCAUUUAAGAGCAGCAGUGGGUGCCCUGACUACUACCUGUACUUCUACCUCAGAAUCCAGAGAUCUCCUUCCUUCUCUCUACACUGAGGUGUGGAGUUGGGGGAGUGGCCAGGAAGGUCAGCUGGGUCAUGGAGACUGUUUGCCCAGGUUACAGCCUCUCUGCAUCAAAAGCUUAAGUAAAAAGGAAGUUGUCAAGAUCACUGCUGGAGCAAAUCACUCCUUGGCACUGACGGCUCAAUGUCAGGUUUAUUCCUGGGGAAGUGACACAUUUGGACAGUUGGGUCGUAUGAAUGCUCCCAGCACAGUUCCCAAUCUCACCAUGAUUUCUGAGGGUAUCCGUGUGUGGGACGUGGCAGCAGGACAAACGCACACUUUGCUGCUGGCUGAUGGAGACUGUUAUCAGCCCAUACUGUACUACAGCGGAGAGCAGGUGCUGGAGAACACUGUCAGUGCUCAUCACCUCUCCGGGACCUGCACCCAGACGCCCACCCUUCUGCCUUUCUGCAUCAAUAUUGGCUAUGUGAGCAAAGUGUUUGGAGGAGGACUGAAUUGUUUGGCCUUGGCUGAUCAGAACGCAAUGGGUUUCAUAGCUACAAUCCAUGAACUCGCUUCGGCGGAGAGGAAAUUCUACUGCACCCUCAGUAAGGUGAAGAGCCAAAUCCUGAGCCCCCUGUUAGCGCGUGCGGGUCUGGCCUUGUCUCUGGGUCCGUCCUCCAUGUUGCUGUUUCAAGAGAUGGCUGGUAGUUUCAGCAAGCUUUGCCAUCUGACGGGACAGCACUCAGUAUCCCUCACCAACUUCCUGCAGCGAGGCAAAGUGAUCAAAACACUGGUCUUGAUCAAGAGCACAGACAUAUUCAUGGACACAUAUAAAGAGUACUGCGAGCCAGUAGGAAACUUUCUUGUUAUGGGAGGAUUCCAGUCAUUGCUGAAACCCUCACAAGAAUGCUUUGGGAAGAAACUGGAGCUGAUACAGACUCUGCUAGAGUCCAAGGAGAAGAGCACAUCACACUAUGAUCUGUUAGUCAACUUGUUUUAUAUGCCUUUGCAGCACCUGCAUGGGUAUAACAGAUUACUUCUGAAACUAGCCCACUGCUUUGAAGUGAGCACUGAGGAAUAUGAAUGGAUUCAGAAUGGCUGCUCCAAAUAUGAAGAUUUAGCUCGCCUUGUCAGCAAGCAGAGAAGAGAUGCUGAGGCCACUUUCAGUUUCUGGAAGAACUUCAAAGGAAAGAAUUCGGAAUCCCUGCGUAAGCCGUCUCGUCGUCUGGUUUGUGAGAGCAGUAAUAAAGCUCUGGUGUUACAGAACGCUGGGAGAUUCUCUGCAAGCUGGUUCAUCCUCUUCAAUGAUGUGCUGGUUCAUGCACAGGGCACUAUUCCCUCAAAGAAGCUUUUCUCAUCUCAUUACAUUUAUCCACUUGCUACACUGUGGGUGGAGCCCAUCUCAGAUCUAAAUGUGGGCCAACAUGGCCUUAAAGUGACCACACCUGAAGAUAGCUUUGUUGUUCUGGCAGUGUCCCCUUUGGAAAAGGGGAAGUGGUUAAAAGCCAUUAACCAGGCCAUUGAGGACGUGCUUACUGUAGGCCUGAAUGGGAGGACGUGUUUGUCUAGAAGCAGCCAGAAAGGUCAAACUUCUGUGUCACGUACUUCCACCUACACUUUCAGCAAAGAGGGUCGACUCAAAGAUGCUACGUAUGAGGGCCGUUGGCUGUCAGGCAAGCUUCAUGGCAAAGGGAGCCUGAAGUGGCCAGAUGGGACAGUUUACUGUGGCACAUUCAAGAACGGGUUGGAGGAUGGGUUUGGAGAUUUUAUGAUGCUCAACACGACCUUCAACAAGUUUGAGCGUUACCAAGGUCACUGGAAGGAGGGGAAAAUACAUGGCGUCGGCACAUUUUGGUAUGCUUCAGGUGAGGUAUACGAGGGCUCAUUCAGGGACAACAUGCGUCACGGUCACGGCAUGUUACGCAGUGGAAAGUUGGCCUCUCCUUCCUCCAGUAGUGUGUUUGUGGGCCAGUGGGUUCAAGGGAAGAGAACGGGCUAUGGGGUGUGCGAUGACUUCAGCAGAGGAGAGAAAUACAUGGGAAUGUGGCUCGAUGAUCAGCGUCAUGGAGACGGAGUCGUUAUUACUCAGUUUGGAUUGUAUUAUGAAGGAAACUUCAUUAAUAACAAGAUGAUGGGCAAUGGGACUCUUCUCUGUGAUGAUGACACUGUCUUUGAGGGCGAGUUUUCAGAAGACUGGACUCUGUGCGGAAAGGGUGUUCUGUUCAUGCCUAAUGGUGACUCUUUGGAGGGGGUCUUUGACGGUCACUGGGGAGACGGUCUGAGAGUGGCUGGAACAUUUACAAAACCCUUUGAAGCUCUGAGGAGAGAAAGAAAGAUUCCUUUGGCUGGUCAACACGCAGUGCCUGCAGAAGACAAGUGGAAGGCAGUGUUUGAUGAGUGCUGGAGCAGAUUAGGCUGUGAAACUCCUGGUGAAGGAGUGUAUGAGAAAGCCUGGGAGAACAUCGCCAUUGCCCUCACUGCCAGACGCAGACAACAGAGAGAUCGUGCAGAGGAGCUGAGCCGAUCUCAGACUAAGAUGCUGGAGAGUCUUGAGGUGAUUCCUCAACAUGUGAGCCCUGUUACUGCAGACUCCUACAACAACAUCCGGCGGUAUCUCAUGAAGGCUUGUGAUACCUCUCUUCACCCACUGGGCUGGCUGCUGGAGACCCUUGUGACUGUGUACAGGAUGACCUAUGUUGGUGUGGGCUCCAACAGACGCCUCCUACAGCAGGCAGUGGAGGAGAUCCAGUCAUACCUAACACGCAUAUUUCAAAUAGUCAGGUUUCUGUUUCCUGGUCUCCCUGAGGACGGAGGUUUUAUUUUGGAUUCCUCCAGUUCUUCAGACGAGGGCACAGACUCUCUUAACAGCAGUACACACUCAGAAACUCCACAGCAGGGUUGUUUAGUGAGCAGCUCAAGUCUUCUCCUGCCGGUGUUGAUGCCGAGGCUUUACCCUCCUCUCUUCACCCUCUACACACUAGAGAAAGAGAGAGAGGAGGAGGUGUACUGGAACUGUGUUUUAAGACUCAACAAACAGCCUGAUCUUGCUCUUCUAGCCUUCCUUGCAGUACAAGAAAAGUUCUGGCCAGUUUCUAUCUCUGUACUGGGAGAGAAAAAGCAGGUCUUGCCUAGUACUAAAGACGCCUGCUUUGCCACUGCUGUUGAAACCCUGCAACAGAUCAGCACAGCGUUCACUCCCUCAGACAAGUUGCAAGUGAUUCAGCUGACCUUUGAGGAGGUCACUCAGGAUGUGCAGGCUCUGCUUGGGAAAGAGUUUCUGUGGUGCAUGGAUGACCUCUUUCCAAUCUUCCUCUAUGUGGUGCUCCGCGCACGGAUCAGAAACCUGGGCUCUGAAGUGAGUCUGAUUGAGGACCUUACAGACGGCAGUCUACAGCUGGGACACCUUGGAUUCAUGUUAACAACUCUCAAAGCCUGCUACAACCAGAUUCAGCUUGAGAAGACAACAUAGGAGGGGUUUGUUUGUGAGUGGAGCAGCCACAGCUCAUUUAAAGAGACUUGGAUUACAGGUCAAGUCAAGAUGUGCUCAUAUAUUUCAGGUCUCAAAAAUAAGCUCACUUUCCGCUCAUCUCCCUUAAAGGUUUAGUUCGCUCAAAAAUGAAAAUUAUGUCAUUAAUAACUCCCCCAUAUGCUGUUCCAA